AUGGCAUCUGUGGUCUUCCUGCAGGACAGAAGGCGAUGUAGCACGACAGAUUGGUCCAGUCCGUACCAAGUUGUCCUCGUGUUUGGAUUUGAGCAUCCAGGUCACAUCGUACAGCCUGUGCAGGUCUCCCUGUGUUCCACCACAGUAAGGACGUACGAGCUGGCGCUGGCGCUGGCGCUGGACGUGGAUGGUGUUGGUGAGGAGGUGUGUGAGCUGCCCAUCACUGCCAGGUUUUCCAGCGACAUGAGCAGCCAAGUGAAAGCAGAGCUGCACCCCAAAGCUGCUCCUGCAGGCAGCAGGCGCACGGUGCGGGGCAGGGGGGCUGGAGCCGACUGGCUGGGCCUGAAGGAUGAGGAUUGGUGUGAGUGGGAGCCGCUGCCUGCAGCGAAGGGCAGCCCUGCCGUGAGCCGCCCCAGCCCUGCCCCGGCCGCACGGCCUGGCCCCGCCAGCCACGUCCCGGCUGCAGAGGAGGCAGCGGCUAAAGCGGCCCCGCUGGAGGAGGAGGACUGGCUGAUCGCUGCCUUGGCUCGCAAGAAAGCCCAAGCGCAGGCCAAGGCCCAGGAGAGGAAUGCCGAGGCCUCGGAGGCCCCAGGGGAAAGGCUGCAUCCCCGUCCUGCUGUCAGCCAUCCAGCCGCCUCCACAGGAGCCCCACAGCAGGCAGCUGCCCUGCAGGACACAGCCAGUGCAGACAGCUCUGGGCAGCCGGUGCCCUGGCUCAGCACCACGAAAGGAGCCUCAACUCAGGCGUCGGAGGCUGAGAAGGAGGAUCCCUCCGGAGACACCAGCGCCCUGGCCUCUACAGCCUUAUUGCCAGGAGAGCAGGAGGUGCAGGGCCCUGUCCCACUUGCUCAGGUUCCCACGCCCAGGACACGUCUCCAGGCUGCCCCACAGCUGCAGGCAGAGUCCUCAGGCCUGGGCUUGCUGCAUGAGAGGAGGCCGGGGCAUGGCACUGCCCAGCUCUAUGAGGAUGCAUCAGGCUGCCGGGCAGCUCUGGUCAGCGCCCAGGCCCGUGUGGCAGAGCUGGAGAGCCAGGUCCAGAUGCUGGAGGUGGAGCGGACGCAGCAGAGGCUGUUGCUGGAGAGUCUCCAGCAGCAGCACCAGAAGAACCUGGAUCUUCUCGAGAGCCCCUACAGGCGGCAAAUGAAGGUGUUGGAGGAGAGCCACGGGCGGCAGGAGGAGAGGCUGCGGCAGGAGCUGGAGCAGCUGAGGGCUCAGCUGCUGUCGCAGAGCCAGGACGCGGAGCAGGCGCAGGCAGAGCUGCGGGCACAGCACCAGCAGCAGCUGGCAGCACUGGAGCAGCAGCACACGCUGGAGGUGAAGCGGCUGCAAGAGCUGCAGAGGACGUCCAUCCAGGAGCUGCGCCAGGACUACGACGAGCAGCUGCGGCGGCUGCAGCGGCUGAAGGAUCAGGAGGUGGAUGCGGUGACCAGCGCCACGUCACACACCAGGUCUCUGAACGGCGUCAUCGAGCGGAUGGAGAAGUUCUCCAGUGAUCUGCACGAGCUCUGGCACAAGGUGGAGGCCAAGCACCACAGCACCUCCCAGGAGCUGGCCACGUGGGCACAGCAGCUCAGGGCUCUGCCAGCCCUGGGCCCCAAGGGGUGA